AGUUACCUCAUCAGGGUCAUGCACGUCGUGAACACCUGCCACUCCCACCCACGCAUGCACAUGCACAUCUCCUUCACUCCUCCUCCUGCCGUUUGCUCACGGCAUUCUGUUUCGGGCAAACGUCCGACUUAUAAGCGUGCGGCGCUUCCAGGGCUUGUUUCGCACAACGCAGGUUUCAGAAGCCCCGAAAGCCCGGCAGUAAGCCUCAUCGUGGCUUAAGUAGUACUGCCUGCCGGCGUGCACCACUCUACCGCCGUUUUCCUACCUCCCGAGAAACGCGCAGUACUCCCUUCGCUUUCUCCCUUCGACAGCGACCUCACGUCGCUCUACUACCGCCAUGCGGCCUCUUACUACCCUCCUGGCGCUCCCUUUGGCGCUAUUGCCUUCGCUCGCCUUUGCGCAGGAUCUCGAAGUCCAAGUCACAAAACCGGCCGAAUGUACGCGCAAGACUCAGAAGGGCGACACCGUGUCGAUGAUGUACAAGGGCACGCUGCAAAGCGACGGCAGCAAGUUCGACUCGAGUUAUGACCGAGGAACACCCUUCAGCUUCACGAUUGGCAAGGGCCAGGUCAUCAAAGGCUGGGACCAGGGAUUGUUGGACAUGUGUAUAGGAGAAGGAAGGAAGUUGACCAUCCCGCCCAACCUGGCAUAUGGCAAUCGGGCUAUGGGCACCAAGAUUCCUGCGGGAUCUACACUGAUUUUUGAGACAGAACUUAUGGGCAUUGAUGGUGUCAAGGCCGAACCGCCGAAGCCUGUUGAACCUACGCCCCCAGCUCCUGAGAAGUCAACCGCUGCCGUUACAGAUGACAAUAUCAACUCCAACGAUGAAGAAGCGGCGCCCGAAAACGUACCGAGCCCUACCUCCACACCGUCAUCCGAAGCCGCUCCCGUGGAGGCGAAGCCUGAGAAGACCGCAGCACCUGCUGCUGAGCCUAGCAAAAUCGCCGAAGCGCAAGAAAACCCCAUGGAUGGCGAGAGCGGCAAGGGCGAGUGCAAUCUCCUUGGCAACUUCGCCUUGCUUGUGCAGGGUGCUCUCGGACUUCUCGCAGUGUCCUCUCUCGCCGUCAAGAGGCUGAGAGAGUCCCCGCGACGACCUAUGAAGAUUUGGUUUUUCGAUGUCUCGAAGCAGGUCUUUGGUUCAGUUCUGUUGCACCUUGCAAAUGUCCUGAUGUCCAUGUUGUCUUCUGGCAAAUUCGACGUAGCAGCGACCACAAGCGCAACCACCAAGUAUGCGGGAACGAACGAAGAGGGUGAUCAGCCGAACCCAUGCUCGUUUUAUCUCCUCAAUCUGGCCAUCGACACUACGAUCGGCAUACCCAUUCUCGUGCUGCUCCUCAAAAUCCUCCACGCCGCAUUCGCGAAGACGCCCCUUGCCAACCCCCCAGAGUCCAUCCGCAGCGGCAACUACGGCCAGCCACCACGCGCAACCUGGUGGCUUAAGCAGUCCAUAAUCUACUUCCUCGGUCUUAUCGGCAUGAAACUCUGUGUCCUCGCCAUUUUCGCUUUCUUGCCUUGGAUCGCAUGGGUAGGAGACUGGGCACUUCGCUGGACAGAAGGAAACACGGCGCUACAGAUCACUUUCGUCAUGUUUAUUUUCCCCUUGAUUAUGAACGCGUUACAGUACUGGAUCAUCGAUAGCUUUAUCAAGGAUCCUGAGCAUGGCAGCGGCAGUGGCACUGAGGGCAGGUAUGGCGUUAUUGGAGAUGAGGAUAGUGAGGAUGAGGAUGAUGAGGAAUGGUUGGAGAGACAGAGGCGGAGGCGUGAGGCGGGCAUCGAUGGCGAGGAUAGUGAUGUUGAGGCUGCUGAGGGUGAUCCGUUGAAGGAGGCCAACCCUACUGUAGUCCCUGCAAGGAGUCGUAGUCUGAAGACUGGCGGCGACUACGAUCCUGCGACUGACGGAGCAAGUGGCAGCCUCAAGACUAGGAUGGAGUAGAUUGAUAGUGUGUUUUGAUUGUUGUAUUCGCAUCUUCAUUAGGACAUGUUUGUUGUCGACGUCUCACGGCGACUCUGGGAUAUAGAUAUAGACAUGCAUUAUAUGUGCAGGGAAACAUAUUGGUAUUUUGAGCAAGCAUAAGGACUAGUGUGGUAAAUCAGCUAGAGUCUCUACAACAUGGGCUUGAUCUCCGCUGCUUCCUUGAAGUCUGCACCAGUCUUCGACCGCACUUCG